AUUUAGCAGCCAGGGGGAGGUUGUUGCGCGCGGUUGCUCGUGCUGUCAGUGGCGAUCGGCACGGGCUGUUUAUCGAUGGAGUCGGUUAUUUACUUGGCCGUGCUGGCGGCCCUGCUCUUGGUCUGGAUCCGCACCAAAGGCGUAGAGUACAUCAUCAUCCAUCACCGCUGGGUGUUCGUUUGUCUUUUCUUGUUGCCCCUCUCCGUGGUUUUCGAUGUUUACUAUUAUCUCCGGGCUUGGCUGGUCUUCAAGCUGUGCAGUGCACCCAAACAACACGACCAGCGGGUGAAGGACAUCCAGAGGCAGGUACGCAAAUGGAAAAAUGAAGGAAAUAGAACGUACAUGUGUACUGGUCGGCCAGGUUGGCUGACUGUAUCGCUUCGGGUUGGCAAAUAUAAGAAGACACACAAAAAUAUCAUGAUCAACUUGAUGGAUAUUCUGGAGGUGGACACUGAGCAACAGAUUGUCCGUGUGGAACCAUUGGUUAACAUGGGUCAGUUGACAGCACUUCUGAAUUCAAUCGGUUGGACUCUUCCAGUUGUUCCAGAGUUGGAUGAUCUCACUGUGGGUGGCCUCAUCAUGGGAACUGGUAUUGAGUCUUCAUCUCAUAUUUAUGGUUUAUUCCAAAACAUCUGUGUAGCUUAUGAGUUGGUCCUAGCUGAUGGGAGCCUCAUUAGAUGUACAGAGAAAGAUAAUCCAGACUUAUUUUAUGCUGUGCCUUGGUCAUGUGGUACUCUCGGAUUUCUUGUUGCAGCAGAGAUCAAGAUCAUUCCUGCUAAGAAGUAUGUGCGCCUGCAGUACCAGUCAGUGCACGGCCUGAAGAAGAUCUGUGAAACAUUCAGUAGAGAAUCACAAAGCAAAGAAAAUCAUUUUGUGGAGGGACUUUUAUAUUCACUGGAUGAAGCUGUGAUCAUGACUGGAGUCUUGACUGAUGUGGCUGAACCAGAUAAAAUAAAUAGAAUUGGCUAUUAUUAUAAGCCCUGGUUUUUUAAGCAUGUGGAGAAAUACCUUCGAGAGACCCAGAAUGCAGUGGAAUAUAUCCCUCUCAGGCACUACUAUCACCGUCAUACUCGGAGCAUCUUCUGGGAACUUCAGGAUAUCAUUCCAUUUGGCAAUAAUCCACUCUUUCGCUAUGUUUUUGGCUGGAUGGUCCCUCCAAAGAUUUCACUGCUGAAACUAACACAAGGAGAAACAAUCCGUAAGCUAUACGAACAGCACCAUGUGGUCCAAGACAUGUUGGUACCAAUGAAAAGUCUGGAGAAGUUGAUUCUCUUUCUCCACAGUGAGAUCAAGGUUUAUCCACUUUGGCUGUGUCCCUUCAACUUACCCAGCUUACCGGGUAUGGUUCACCCAAAGGGCAAUGAGCCUGAACUUUAUGCAGAUGUUGGGGCUUAUGGAGAACCUAGAGCCAAACAGUUUGAAGCUGUGGCGUCGACGAGACAGCUAGAGAAAUUUUUGCGCAAUUCACACAGUUUUCAAAUGUUGUAUGCUGAUUGCUAUUUGACUCGAGAAGAAUUCUGGGAGAUGUUUGAUGGUUCUUUGUACCACAAACUGAGGGAGCAGCUGAAUUCCAAAGAUGCAUUCCCUGAGGUUUAUGACAAGAUCUGCAAGGCUGCAAGACACUGAGAACCUCAGUGAAGGAACUUUAUGUAAUAUUCAUCAGCUAAUUUCCAUUUCCACUUGUAGAUUUCAAUUCACGUCUCAAAUACCUAAAAGUGGAUUCAGGACAUUUUUCUAACCCAAGGAUUUUUAAAAAAUUUAAUCUUGAAUCCUUUCAUUUCAUUCAAGGCAGCUGAAAUCUAGUUCUGCUGUGCUCCAGUGACAUACCACCAAAAUAACCUGGGGAGUAGAUAUUAGCAAAUUGUUUGCGAAGAUCAGGUUUCUCACAUACUUCAAUUCUUAGCUUUGUAUGACUUCAAGAGCAGCUUUUAAUAUCAAGGUCCCUAAAUAGAGUUUUAGAGUUGUAUAGCAUGGAACCAGACCCUUUGGUCCAACUGAUCCUUUCUGCCCAGAUAUGCUAAACUAAUCUAGUCCCAUUUGCCAGCAUUUGGCCCAUAUCCCUGUAACACCAGUCCAAAGCACUGCUGGUGAGCAAGUGUAACUCCAGGAUGUCACCCUCAAACUAUUUUUAUUUAAAAAAUACACUUUUUUCAAAAAAGUCACCUAUAAGUAUGCACACAAGUUCUAAAUCAUAUCUGUGCAGUCUUUGCAGAGACAAAGACAAAAAAAUUGGAACUUUGUCAUUUCUCAGAGCUUCUCCAUAUUUGCAAAUUAAGGGCGAUUUUUAGUAAUGCAGGAAGCUAUACAUGUUCAUUUUGAGCCACUGAGGAGGUCUGACUCAAUUCAAUUGAACAGACCCUCAUUAUACUUUGGCAGAAACACCCCAGGCGGAGGUCUUUUGCCCACUGCGUCUUGGUGGCAGCUGCCCCAAACUUAUGUGCGUCUCUCAGCACAUUAGUCCCAAACAUUGGAAUGUGCCAGUCUGCAACAUUCAGUUGAGUUCCUCCACUGGAAAACUAACAGGUCUCAGGUAGACAAAGAGAUCACCAAGUUGAAGAUCCUCCAAGUGCAGUCACUGUUCAUCUUGGUUUGCAUCCCAGGGAACAAUCUGUAGAGCACAGAGCUACACGGAACAAACCUUGACAAAAACCACUGCAUCUCCCUCUUGACUUUCUUUGCAAAUGCACAUCCCAGAAAGAGAUGAGUGACAGCCUCUAUGCCAGCACAGCCACUUUGGGGACAGCAUCUGGUGGCACAGAGACUUGGUGUGCAUGAAAAAUUUCAUGGGCAGUGCCUUUCUCAUUGCCAGCCAAGCUACAUCUUGAUGCUUAUUGGACAGUUCUGGUGAUCAGGCAUUUUGACAGAUGACUUUGUCAGUCUGCUUAAGGAACCAUGUGACAGGAUCCACCCUUUUCUUUUCCUACAAGGUCUUGAAGAUGCUACAUACCGACCACUUCCUGACAGACUUGUGGUCAAUGAUGUUUUUCUUGGCAAAUUUUUUUCCAUAAAAAUCAGUUGAUACAGAACAGUCCAACUACUUAGAGCAUUCUGUGGCACUGAGGCCAGACCCAUCCUUUGCAACAGUGGGAACAGGUAGAACCUCAGUAUGCAGAAAUCCUUGCUGUUUGCAUACCAGAGGUGUACGCAUAGCUUGAUGCAGCCACACACUAAAGUGGCCAUUGGGAUGGAGCCUAACCCCCAUGCAGAGACUUUUACAUCGUGUCCCUGUGGACAUGUGAAAGAUGGUUCUGGUGACAGCUAGGGCACAGUUUUGAGAAACAGGCCAGACCUGUGCUGUGUGCAGCAAUACCAACAGUACCUCACACCUGAUGACCAGACUUAUACUCCGUCUGGUUUCUCUCUGUAAAGUAUAUGAAAUAUGAAUAAGAAUGUUUUCCUCUUUCUAGCGUAAUGAUGAUAAGUGCAUAUCUGGAAUUCUAUUACUGAUCUCAUAACUAUCUAAUGUAGUAAUCAACGUAGGAGCAACCUUAGAUUUUUAUUUUGUGAUCCAGCAUAUGGUAUUAACAAUUUAGCUGUUUGGGGAUUAGCUAAAUGUCUUUUAAUUAACACAUUUCUUGUAAUUAUGUCUAUUAUUUUCAUUUGUAUAACAAAAUGCUUCUUAGAGUCCUUACAAUGCGGAAGCAGGCCAUUUGGCCCAUCAAGUCCACACCAACCCUCUGAAGAGCUUCCUACCCAGACCUAUAUCACUCCAUCCCCUUACCCAAUAAUCCUGCAUUUCCCCAUGACUUCCACCCAACCUGCAGAUCUCUGGACACUAUUGGGAAUUUAGCAUGGCCAAUCCACCUCGCCUGCAAAUCUUUGGACUGUGGGGAGGAAAACCAGAAUAGCCAGAGGAAACCCACACAGAAACAGGGAGAAUGUGCAAACCCCACACAGUCACCCAAAGCUGGAGUUGAACCCAGGUCCCUAAUGCUAUCAGGUAGUAGUACUAACCACUGAGCCGUCAUGCUGCUGCUGUUGCACAGUUACGCGAAACUAUAGAUAAUGUGCUGAUUUGCAAACAAGUUGCCACAUUAAUACUUGCUGUUUCACUUAAAUUUUCAAAAAGAUGGAUGUGAUUGAAUUGCCUUUCGGUAUUGAUGUGUUUAAAUUUUAAUUCUCUGCUUAAAGGCAUGUUAGCUCGUUUGCUAGAUUCUGUUCAUAAAUAUAGCACAAUAUUGUGGAUGGCCUUAGUCUUCUCAUGAGUUCUAUAAUUUUCAGAAUCUGUAUCAUUUAAUUUCAUAUCCUAUCAUGUCAGAUUUUACAGCACUUAAAGCUUGGGGAAACGGUUCAGUUCUACAUAAGCAGGUACAUGAGUCAAAUGUUGAUAAUUUAACUAGCUUGUCUAUGUUCAAGCAAACUAAGAUGUUGGCACUGUCCCGUAUGUUAUUUAUAUGCCUCGGUUUGCUGGGGUUGUUGGCAUCACCUUCUGGUUCUGUUUUUCAGUGGUUUGUAUAUUGAGUCCAGUUCAAUAUGUUUGUUGACAGAACAACAAUGCUUCACCAGAAGCACACUGACAGUGUUACUUAGCAGGAUCAUGAAACAUCUGCAAUCAAACGCACCUAUUCAGCAAGCAAGUCUGCAACUUCUUCAGACCAUUGUUUUUGUCAAAUACCAAAUGGAAGAUCAUCUGACAAAAUAAAGCCUAUUAAGUAUUUUCCUGUUUUAAAGUUUUGAGACAUGUCACUGCCUAUUUGGUGACUUGUAAACUUCUAGUUUUCUUUAGUGUUCCCUGCAAGAGGCUCCUCAUUUUGCUUUAAGAUGUUCCCUGAAUGAUACAAUGAAGUCAUCCUUGCCUGAACACACUAAAAUAAAAUACAAAAUAUGGCUGGUGCUGGAGGUAUGAAAUAAAAACAGUGUGGGUCCACUUAAUAAGUUUGUGGAGAGAGCAGAGUUAACAUUUUUGAGUUCAAUAUGGCUAUUCAUUCAAUCAAUUUUACACAUUUGGUGAGAAAAAAUCCUAUCUGAUCAUUUCAGCUGCUUGAUCAACCAGUCUUUUGGUUUAUCCUCAUAUUAAAUUUGAUGCCAUUUCUUAGCCUUAAUCUUAAACAAAGAAUUUUAUUUUUCUAUUUGUGUUUAUUUGGAUCUCCUAAUAUGCAAAACUGAGUUAUUCGGCCACAAGAAUCUGUAGGGAUGAGCCGAUUAGUUUGCAAGAAUGUACAAAGGAAUAAAAUCUCAAAUGAUACAGCAGUGUUUUAAUAGUAGUAACCCUUGGUUUAAUACUGACUUUAGCUGUUGUUGAAGGUUUGAAUGUGAAUUCACGUUUUCCCCUUUUGUCUCAUUGCAUUGUAAAUAUGCUUUGUGCUGUGCUUUCAAAUUAAAAUGUCACACAACAGUAAUUAACUUGACUUGCAUUUCUUGUAAAUGUUGUGUAUGAAUCAAAAUAUAUUUUAAAAUCUGGAA